AUGGAAGAAGAUCUCCCUCGGGAUUUUGGGAAGCUGAGUAACCUGCAGCAGCUGCAUAUCCGUUCCUGCCCAAUCAAGAAGCUUCCAGCGUCCUUCACUGCUCUCACCAGCCUUCAGACCCUCACAAUCGAGUAUUGUAGUCAGCUCAGUUCCAUUGCAGGGAGCCUGGACAACCUGAAAAGGCUCAAGCAGUUGGAGUUGACAGGUUGUUGCAUGCUCACCGGACCUCUCAACUUCCUUCCUCGCUCUCUGGAGAUUCAGCGGCUUCCAAGCAACCUCGGGUUCGACCUGCCGCAGCUACGGCAGCUGCGGUUGCACUUCACCAAGGGAUUGACAGCGCUGCCAGAGACCAUCACACGGCUCCAGCACCUCACAUCGCUGGUCAUAGACCACGCAUCCCAGCUAGCCUCCCUCCCGGAUGGCAUUGAGGCCUUAUCCAGGCUGAGGAUCCUUCGCCUGUCCCACUGCUCAGCACUGCAGCACCUCCCCUCCUCCCUCACCCGUCUCACAUGCCUUCACGAGCUGAAUGCUAAGGGGGCAGGCAUCCGCGCCCUUCCUCCCAACAUGGCUCAGCUGUCCCGGCUGAGGAAGCUCUAUUUGGGAGGGUGCAAGCAGCUGCAGGCGCUGCCAGAGUCCUUGACUGACCUCACGAUGCUGUGGUUCAUGGGGAUAAAAGGGAGUGACCGCGCGAUUGACAGUGUGAGCGACCAACAGGAAUGUCGCUACCAUCGAAUGUAUGACUUGAGGACAGAUUCCGCUGGUCAAUAG